AUGGCGGCCAAAAAACUGAAGAUCAACCCACCACUGCUCAAUUCAGCCUGUCCUUGGGCCACCACCCUCGAAGACAUCAAAGCCCUCUAUGACACUCCCUAUACCGGCGCCGUGACAAUUCGCACCUCCUUGCUGGAAGGCUUCACGCACGACGACUCCGUUCACCAAUACAUCUUCUUCACGCCCGGCAAGACCAUCCCCGGCGAUGCCCCGAAAGGUGAGGCCUCGAAACCUUCUUCCUCCUCAUCGAGCGCGUCGGAACCAGUCUCAACCCUCAACACGCUGGGCUAUUCGCCGCUCACGCUCUCCGAAUACCUGGGCAUCAUCAACGAGAUCGUCGGACAGCGUCACCUGGGUACCGACACACCGACCAAGAAACCAUUCAUCCUGUCCGUCACGGGGACGCCAGAUGAGAUUGCCAUGGCCUACGCUCUUAUCGCCAAUGCGGCCGAGAUGGACGAAGAUCUCCGUCUCGCCAUGGAGGUCAACCUCUCGUGCCCCAAUAUCGCUUCGGCCCCGCCACCGGCAUAUGACAAGAAACAAUUAGAUGAGUACCUUGAGGCUAUAAGCGAUUCCAAAUCCACCUACCGGGGCCGCAUGGCGACUCCUGAUUCGGUGCCGAAAGUUGGCAUAAAGCUUCCGCCGUACACAUACACCGGUCAGUUCGAAAUGGCCGUGGACUCUCUGCGCAACGCCAAAUCCUCUGAACCCGGAGAAGGUUCUGUCGUCGACUUCAUCACUUGCACAAACACCCUGGGCAACAGCCUUCUCCUCAACUCGAACCUCGAGCCAGCGCUUAGUAACGAGUCUGGCAGCGGGCUAGGCGGGCUGGCUGGAGCAGCACUUCACCCUUUAGCAUUGGGUAAUGUCGCUACCUUCCGCAAACUCCUCGAUCAAGAUCCUUCAACCAAGGACAUUAUGAUUAUUGGUGUCGGAGGCGUGGAAGACAAGAACGGCGCAGAGAGGAUGAGGAAGGUCGGAGCAGAGGCUGUCGCGUGCGCAUCGGCACUGGGCCGCUACGGGGUCAGUGUUUUUGAACGCAUCACCAAAGGCGCGUGA